UUUAUUCCCUCUCCCCCUCCCCCUUCCUCCCAGCACCGCUACUCCGGCUGGGAUGCUGUGCCUGCAUUAAUCCCCUGCCUCGAAUUGAGUUCUCGUCUUUGAAUCCCUCCGACCUCCUCGACUGCCGAGGGCCGUCUUAUCGUCUAUUUCCCUCUCGAUCACCCCCACCAAAACAAUAGUAUCCCAAAAAUUUCCCAUUUAACGCCCUACCCCACUUACCACCUCGGACUCAGCGCCGAACCCCCGUGUCUUCUAUCUCGUUUCACCACCGGGAUCUUUUGACCGUCGACCCCAUCCGCAUCGUCAGGACCUCAUCGGCGCUAUGUCUUUGCUACCUCCCGAAGUUCACUCGGCGCUCUCGCAGCUGCUGCGCGCGUUGACCACCGCCGAUAACACGAUCCGUGCUCAGGCCGAAGAACAGUUGAACAAUGAUUGGAUUUUAGCCCGUCCGGACGUGCUCUUGAUGGGCCUGGUGGAACAGAUUCAGGGCGCAGAGGAUAUCGCUACCCGGGCAUUCGCCGCAGUAUUGUUCAGAAGAAUUGCGACCAAGACGCGAAAAGACCCCGUCACAAAUGAGGCCCGGGAACUCUUCUCGACUCUUACCACAGACCAGCGCUUGGUCAUUCGACAGAAAUUGGUGACAUGCCUGACCACCGAGUCGGCAACGGACGUGCGAAAGAAGAUCGGAGAUGCCGUGGCAGAAAUUGCGAGACAGUACACCGACAAUGGUGACCAAUGGCCCGAGCUUCUUGGUGUUCUCUUCCAGGCAAGUCAGUCGCCCGAUGCAGGCCUGCGCGAGGCCUCCUUCCGCAUCUUCUCGACCACCCCCGGUAUCAUUGAGAAGCCCCACGAGGAUGCCGUUGUGGGCGUGUUCAGCAAGGGUUUCAAGGACGACCUUGUCACCGUCCGCAUUGCCGCCAUGGAGGCCUUCGCUUCCUUCUUCCGCUCCAUCUCCAAGAGGUCCCAGCCCAAGUUCCACUCCCUCAUGCCCGAGCUGCUCAACAUCCUGCCGCCGCUGAAGGAGUCGUCUGAGAGCGAAGAACUUUCGUCGGCUUUCCUGGCUCUGAUUGAGCUGACCGAGAUCUCGCCUAAGAUGUUCAAGGGCAUGUUCAACAACCUGGUCAAGUUCAGUAUCAGCGUCGUUGCCGACAAAGACCUUAGCGACCAGGUCCGACAGAAUGCGCUGGAGCUGAUGGCCACCUUUGCCGACUACGCCCCGGGCAUGUGCAAGAAGGACCCCGAGUUCGCCCGAGAUAUGGUGACGCAGUGUCUGAGCUUGAUGACCGAUAUUGGAGUCGACGAUGACGAUGCUUCCGAAUGGAACUCUUCGGAGGAUCUUGACCUGGAAGAGAGUGAUCUCAACCAUGUCGCUGGUGAACAGUGCAUGGACCGUCUCGCCAACAAACUUGGUGGCCAGGCUGUGCUUCCCCCUACCUUCUCCUGGAUCCCUCAGAUGAUGUCGUCCUCCGCCUGGCGUGAUCGGCACGCCGCUCUCAUGGCCAUCUCCGCCAUCUCGGAAGGCUGCCGCGAUCUGAUGAUCGGCGAACUUGACCAGGUGCUGGGCCUUGUCGUUCCCGCUUUGCAGGAUCCCCACCCUCGCGUCCGCUAUGCGGGCUGCAACGCGCUGGGUCAGAUGAGCACUGAUUUCGCCGGCACUAUGCAGGAGAAAUACCAUGCGAUUGUGCUGAACAACAUCAUCCCUGUGCUGAACAGCGUGGAACCCCGCGUCCAGGCACACGCCGCCGCGGCUCUGGUCAACUUCUGCGAGGAGGCUGAGAGACGGGUUCUCGAACCGUACCUCGCCGAAUUGCUGCGGCAUCUCCUUCAGCUCCUGCGCAGCGAGCACCGCUACGUGCAGGAGCAGGCUCUCUCCACGAUCGCCACGAUCGCGGACUCCGCCGAGAAUGCAUUCGACCAGUACUACGCCACGCUGAUGCCCUUGCUCUUCAACGUGCUCAAGGAAGAGCAGUCGAAGGAGUACCGUUUGUUGCGUGCCAAGGCCAUGGAGUGUGCGACUCUGAUCGCGCUCGCUGUGGGCAAGGAGAAGAUGGGCCAGGACGCUCUGAACCUGGUGCAGCUGUUGGGCAACAUUCAGCAGAACAUUGUGGACGCGGACGACCCGCAAUCGCAAUACCUGCUCCACUGCUGGGGCCGCAUGUGCCGGGUCUUGGGCCAGGACUUUGUUCCUUACCUUCCCGGCGUCAUGCCCCCUCUUCUGUCGGUCGCGGCCGCCAAGGCGGACAUUCAGCUGCUUGACGAUGAGGACCAAAUCGACCAGGUGGAGCAAGAUGAGGGCUGGGAGCUGGUGCCUUUGAAGGGCAAGGUCAUCGGUAUCAAGACUAGCGCGCUUGAAGACAAAAACACCGCCAUCGAGUUGAUCACCAUCUACGCCCAGAUCCUAGAGGCCGCCUUUGAGCCCUACGUCUUGGAGACGAUGGAGAAGAUCGCCGUGCCCGGCUUGGCCUUCUUCUUCCAUGACCCUGUGCGGGUGUCGUCGGCGAAGCUGAUCCCUCAGCUUCUGAACGCCUACCGCAAGGCCUAUGGCGAGUCAUCGCCCGGUUUCGCGCAGAUGUGGAACAAGGUGGCCGAGAAGAUCAUCGAGGUGCUCACCGCCGAGCCCGCGGUCGACACGUUGGCCGAGAUGUACCAGUGCUUCUACGAGUCCGUGGAGGUUGUUGGUAAGAACUGCCUCACGCAGCAACACGUGCAAGCGUUCAUCGCGUCGAGCAAGUCGACGUUAGAAGACUACCAGGUGCGGGUGAAGGCGCGGUUGGAGGAGCGGGCCGAUGCCGACGACGGCGACGAGGAGAACCUGGACUACGAAUACGCCGUCGAAGAUGACCAGAACCUGCUCAGCGACAUGAACAAGGCCUUCCACACCAUCUUCAAAAACCAGGGCACGUCAUUCUUGCCCGCCUGGGAAACCCUCAUGCCGUUCUACGACACUUUCAUCACGAGUCAAGACCCCACGCAACGCCAGUGGGCCCUGUGCAUCAUGGACGAUGUGCUGGAAUUCUGUGGCCCCGAGUCGUGGAAGUACAAGGACCACAUCAUGCAGCCGCUGGCCGCUGGAUUGCAGGACCAGAACGCGGCCAACCGACAGGCCGCUGCGUACGGAGUGGGAGUUGCUGCACAGAAGGGUGGCGAGGCCUGGAGUGAUUUCGUGGCCGCCAGUAUCCCCAGCCUGUUGCAGGUGACCCAGAUCAACCAGGCGCGAUCGGAGGAGCAUGUUUAUGCCACGGAGAAUGCCGCCGCCAGUAUCGCAAAGAUCCUGCACUUCAACAGCAGCAAGGUGCAGAACGCCAAUGAGAUUGUGGCCAACUGGAUCACCACUCUGCCCAUCACGUUUGAUGAGGAGGCUGCUCCUUACGCCUAUUCCUUCUUGGCUCAACUGAUUGACCAGCAACACCCGGUAGUGAUGUCGAAUGCCGACAAGGUGUUCGGGUAUAUCGUGCAGGCCCUGGAAAACGAGACUCUGCAGGGACAGACAGCCGGACGAGUGGCCACCUCGGCCAAGCAGCUGGUCGCCAGCACGGGGUUGAAUCCCGACCAGAUCCUGGCGGGUGUGAACCCGGACAACCAGGCGGCGGUGCGAAGUUAUUUCCAGUAGAGGCGGCGCAGCAACGACGGAGGAAAUUGGUCUCUUAACAAAGGCGUGAUAUGGAACGAGUGGGUGCCGGCUCUAUUUGUUUACGUGAACUAUGGUUGUUUUUUAUUUCCUAUUUGAUUUCCCCCCAUGAAUCUCUAACGUGUGCCCCCGUUGGUCGGUGAGUGUGCACUGCGUAGACCAGAUUCUUUUGUUCCCUUUUUUUUUUUUUUUUUUUUUU